AGAAAACGGUUUGAGGAAAAGCAAGGGCUAUUCUCAUUCACCUCCCUCUCCUCCCUCGCGGAGCUCAGUCAUGGCAUACUCCGCCGCUGCAGCUGCUUCUUCUUCUUCCGCUGCCGGCCCAUCACAACCGGCAAUGCCGGUGAGUCUGCGCCAGCUUGUACUCACCGUGGAGGAGCUCACGGGCGCAACGCCGCAGGAGCCGCAGCAGCAGCAGCGGCGGCCACGCACAACGAGCGCUCCCCAUGUCCCUCGAAAUGAGCCGCUUUCCCCUUCCACGAACGCGGCCGUGGCCUCGACGGCGGACCUCCUGAAGCUGGUUCACGACCUUCAACAGCAGUACAGCACACUGCUGGAGUUGGCAGAAGACGCCUACACGCAGCAGCGAGAUCAGCGAGAGCAGCAACCAACGUCCACUACGACUAACUCUGUACACGAUGCCCGAGAACGAGAGGUGGAGCGGCUUACGGCGGAGCUGGAGAGCACCAUCGCGGCGCUGCAGCACGGCAUACGUUCGAAGCUAGCGCAGUCAAGUCGCCUCGUUUUGCUGAACGCGCUGCGCCGCGAGGUGGCCGAGCGACAACAGUGCGUCGCGAAAAUGGAGGGCGUAUUGGGUGUGGCGCGUCAACACGUUCGCUUGUAG